UGAGGACAUUUUUACAACAGCAACGCAAAUAAAAAUGAGGGUGUUGGCAUCAGUUCUAGCUUUGACUCUUGUCAUUACAACGUUUUGUGCAGUAAGUACAUAAAUAAUUUUUAAAUCAGUCUAACGUUAUGUCUAACUUGUUUUUAAAUAAAGCAAAUAAAAUAUAUUGUUUUGAUCAUACAGCAUGUACGAUAUAUACCAAUUAAAGUAGGCAUCAUGCACGCACUCAAAUAUCAAAUUUGAGUGAAUUUCAAAUUUUAGGACCUAGAGUUUCUUAUAGGGCCUGUUGCUGUUACCCAACAAAUUAAAAUAUAUUUUCUUGAAGCAAACUCUAAGUUAACUGAGGGUGGAUAUCACAACCGAAACGGAAUGAGUUUUUUGCUAUGACCGCUUAUAUAGCACGGUCAUAGCAAAAAUAUAUAGAAUAUAUAUAUUAAAUUAUAAUUUUUAUAAAUUAUACAUGCAGUGUAAUUAAUUAUCCGGAUUAGAAUAUAUAUAUAUUUACAUAAUAUAGCAUUUGUAAAUUGUGAACGCUGAUUGGCUAAGAGCCGUGUUGAUAUAACUCAAUGUCAACACGGAAACGUCGGAAAAUUUCUUUCUUUAUGUUUCUCUGUGCUAUAUUAUAAAACAAAUAUAAAACUUUUUUCCGUGUUGAUAUAUAGUUAUAUCAACACUCGUGGAAAUUGGGAAAACUCGAAAUUGUGUGAAAACACUCCGCCCUUCGGGCGUCGUGUUUCCACACAAUUUCUCGUUUUCCCAAUUUCCACUCGUGUUGAUAUAACGGAAAAAAUGUUUUAUAUUUGUUAAAUAUUAAACACUUCAGGUCAAUGCACGUCAGCCUGGCACUUGCACACGACAGAAGAGAGGAAAAUUUGUUGUUGGUAAAAAUCACAAUGGUGAUUAUGUCGCGGUUUGUAUUCAACGUCAUGGAAUAUAUCAAUGGCACGAGAUCAAAGGUACUAACAUCAUCUUUAUGUCUAAUGUUAUAUUAUGUUUUUAUUUUCACACCGUGCAGUACAGCUUUUCAAUUCACAGUUUCUGCAUGUUAACAGCGUUUGUAUAAGAUCAGUUAAAUGUUAA